UUCAUUGAAGGCAACGGACACAUAAAACUGCCGUGCCUGAUCUGACGCAGGUCGGUACUACAUUUCUGGAGGGGUCUGGAUUCUCCAUUGGUUUUUUUUUUUUUUGGAAGGUGGUUGAAUGUAUGGUUCGGCUGUGUAACUGGGAACACACACACACAAAGAGAGAAGUCCUUUAGUUCUUUCUUUUUCUUCUCCCCCAAAAGGCCCUGCAUGUCUAACAUUUAGACAUGUUUAGCUUUGUGGAUUCGAGGACUGUACUGCUACUUGUAGCAACCCAUGUCGUUCUAUUAGCUGUUGUCAAAUGUCAGGACGAAGACCAGGACGUAGGCAGCUGUAUGCAGGACGGACAGAGCUAUAGUGACAAGGACGUAUGGAAACCAGAGCCGUGUCGUAUUUGUGUGUGCGACACGGGAACUGUCCUGUGUGACGAAAUAAUCUGCGAGGAGAUUAAAGACUGCCCCAAACCCGAGAUCCCAUUCGGAGAGUGUUGCCCCAUCUGCGUGCGGGGCGGGGAAGCCCCCCCAAGUGGGGCCCCCGGAGCUAAGGGUCAGAAAGGGGAACCAGGAGAUAUCACAGAUGUCGUAGGACCAAGAGGACCUGGAGGCCCUUUGGGCCCCCCAGGAGAGCAGGGACCACGUGGAGACAGAGGAGACAAAGGCGAUAAGGGCAGCCCCGGGCCCCGUGGCAGAGAUGGUGAGCCUGGUACCCCCGGUAACCCUGGCCCCCCCGGACCUCCAGGACCUAACGGACCCCCUGGCCUUGGAGGAAACUUUGCUGCUCAGAUGGCGGGAGGAUUCGACGAGAAGGCUGGCGGAGCACAGAUGGGCGUGAUGCAAGGACCAAUGGGGCCUAUGGGUCCUCGAGGACCACCUGGACCUUCUGGAGCUCCUGGUCCACAAGGUUUCCAAGGCAACCCCGGAGAGGCUGGAGAGCCCGGAUCAGCUGGCUCGUUGGGUCCCCGUGGUCCACCCGGACCCUCUGGUAAACCUGGAGAUGAUGGUGAGGCUGGCAAACCUGGCAAAGGUGGUGAACGUGGACCUUCUGGUCCUCAGGGAGCUCGUGGAUUCCCAGGGACCCCCGGUCUGCCUGGAAUCAAGGGCCACAGAGGUUAUCCAGGUCUGGAUGGACUCAAGGGAGAGGGUGGAGCUGCUGGUUCUAAGGGUGAGUCUGGUGCUCCCGGUGAGAAUGGCGCUCCUGGACCAAUGGGACCACGCGGUCUGCCCGGUGAGAGAGGUCGUCCCGGACCCUCUGGUUCUGCUGGCGCUCGUGGUAAUGACGGUCUGUCUGGCCCUGCUGGUCCUCCUGGCCCAGUCGGUCCUGCUGGGGCUCCAGGCUUCCCCGGCUCUCCAGGUUCUAAGGGCGAAGCUGGCCCCACUGGUGCUCGUGGACCUGAGGGCGCUCAGGGACCCCGUGGAGAGUCAGGAACCCCUGGAUCGCCCGGACCCGCCGGCGCAUCUGGAAACCCUGGUACUGAUGGUAUUGGAGGAUCUAAAGGAUCGGCUGGUGCUCCUGGUAUCGCUGGCGCGCCUGGCUUCCCCGGGCCCCGUGGCCCUCCAGGACCCCAGGGGGCCACUGGACCUCUCGGACCAAAGGGAACAUCUGGUGACCCCGGUAUCCCAGGUUUCAAGGGUGAGGCUGGACCCAAGGGAGAGCUUGGACCAGCCGGUCCACAAGGAGCACUUGGCCCUGCAGGAGAGGAGGGGAAGAGGGGACCCAGAGGAGAGCCCGGAGCUGCUGGACCUCUUGGACCUCCCGGAGAGAGAGGCGCCCCCGGUAACCGUGGUUUCCCAGGUCAGGAUGGUCUGGCUGGUCCCAAGGGAGCCCCUGGCGAGCGUGGAGUCGGCGGCGUGUCCGGCCCUAAGGGAGCCGGUGGUGACCCUGGUCGCCCUGGCGAGCCCGGUCUUCCUGGCGCAAGAGGUCUUACUGGUCGUCCUGGAGAUACUGGUCCUCAAGGCAAAGUUGGACCUGGUGGUGCUGCUGGUGAGGAUGGUCGCCCCGGGCCCCCUGGCCCUAUGGGAGCCCGCGGUCAGCCUGGUGUGAUGGGAUUCCCCGGACCCAAGGGAGCCAACGGUGAGCCUGGAAAAGGAGGCGAAAAGGGGCUUCUUGGUGCCCCGGGUCUGAGGGGUCUUCCUGGAAAGGAUGGUGAGACUGGAGCUGCCGGACCUCCUGGCCCUGCUGGACCUGCUGGAGAAAGAGGAGAGCAAGGACAGCCUGGACCUUCUGGCUUCCAGGGUCUGCCCGGACCUCCCGGCCCACCUGGUGAGGGGGGCAAGCCCGGUGACAUGGGUGUUCCAGGAGAGGGUGGAGCUGCUGGUGCCACUGGACCCAGAGGUGAGCGUGGUUUCCCAGGAGAGAGAGGAGGUGCUGGGCCUCAGGGGCUGCAGGGACCUCGUGGUCUGCCUGGAACUCCUGGAACUGAUGGACCCAAGGGAGCGAUCGGACCAGGUGGCGCAUCGGGUGCCCAGGGACCCCCCGGUCUGCAGGGUAUGCCCGGAGAGCGAGGGGCCUCAGGCAUCCCCGGACCUAAGGGAGACAGAGGUGACAACGGAGAGAAGGGACCUGAGGGUGCUUCUGGCAAAGACGGCUCAAGAGGUUUGACUGGUCCCAUUGGUCCUCCCGGCCCAGCUGGUCCCAACGGAGAGAAGGGUGAAUCUGGUCCAUCGGGACCUUCCGGUGCUGCCGGUGCCCGUGGUGCUCCUGGAGACAGGGGUGAGACCGGACCUCCUGGGCCUGCUGGCUUCGCUGGGCCUCCUGGAUCUGAUGGUCAGCCCGGAGCCAAAGGAGAGCAGGGAGAGGGUGGUCAGAAGGGAGACGCUGGUGCCCCUGGACCCCAGGGACCCUCUGGAGCUCCUGGGCCUUCUGGACCAACUGGUGUUUCUGGACCUAAAGGUGCUCGCGGUGCUCAGGGACCCCCUGGUGCCACUGGUUUCCCUGGCGCUGCCGGCAGAGUCGGGCCCCCUGGUCCCAACGGUAACCCUGGUGCUGCUGGGCCCUCUGGCCCUGCUGGUAAAGAUGGCCCUAAGGGUGUGCGAGGAGACGGUGGACCCCCAGGCAGACAGGGAGACGCUGGGCUGCGUGGAGCCGCUGGAUCCCCUGGAGAGAAGGGAGAUGCUGGAGAGGAUGGUCCCUCUGGUCCCGAUGGUCCUUCAGGUCCUUCAGGUCUGGCUGGACAGCGUGGUAUUGUUGGUCUUCCAGGACAGCGUGGAGAGAGAGGUUUCCCUGGCCUGCCAGGACCCUCUGGAGAGCCUGGUAAACAAGGAGCUCCUGGUGGUAGCGGAGACCGUGGACCUCCUGGUCCAGUGGGACCCCCUGGACUGACUGGACCCGCAGGAGAGCCCGGGAGAGAGGGCAACGCUGGUUCCGAUGGACCACCUGGUAGAGAUGGAUCCACUGGAAUCAAGGGUGACCGUGGUAACACCGGUCCUGCUGGCGCUCCUGGCUCCCCAGGAGCUAAUGGUUCCCCCGGCCCUGUCGGCCCCACCGGCAAGCAGGGAGACAGGGGAGAGGCUGGAGCUCAAGGACCUGCUGGACCUGCCGGGCCUGCUGGAGCCAGAGGAAUGGCUGGACCCCAAGGACCCCGUGGAGACAAGGGUGAGGCUGGAGAGGGUGGAGAGAGAGGACAGAAAGGACACAGAGGAUUCACUGGUCUGCAGGGUCUGCCCGGACCUCCCGGUCAAUCUGGAGACCAGGGUGCCUCUGGACCUGCCGGACCAAGUGGAUCGAGGGGACCUCCCGGACCCGUUGGUCCCUCUGGAAAGGAUGGUUCCAACGGUAUGCCUGGCCCCAUCGGACCCCCCGGACCCCGUGGUCGCUCUGGAGAGACUGGUCCCUCUGGUCCCCCUGGAAACUCCGGUCCCCCUGGUCCUCCUGGUCCUCCCGGCCCUGGUAUCGACAUGUCUGCCUUCGCUGGCCUGUCUCAGCCUGAGAAAUCCCCCGAUCCCCUGAGGUACAUGAGGGCCGACCAGGCCUCCGGAAACCUGAGGACGCACGACGCCGAGGUGGACGCCACGCUCAAGUCUCUCAACAACCAGAUUGAGAACAUCCGCUCCCCCGAGGGCUCCAAGAAGAACCCUGCACGUACCUGCAGAGACCUGAAGCUGUGCCACCCAGACUGGAAGAGCGGAGAGUACUGGAUCGACCCUAACCAGGGCUGCACCAUAGACGCCAUCAAGGUCUACUGUAACAUGGAGACCGGAGAGUCCUGCGUCUACCCCAAGCCCGCCAGCAUCCCCAAGAAGAACUGGUGGUCCAGCAAGAGCAAGGCUGCCAAACACAUCUGGUUCGGAGAGACCAUGAACGGGGGAUUCCACUUCAGCUAUGGCGAUGAGAGUCUGGCAGCCAACACGGCCAGCAUCCAGAUGACCUUCCUGAGGCUCCUGUCCACCGAGGCUAAUCAGAACCUCACCUACCACUGCAAGAACAGCGUGGCCUAUAUGGACGGGGUCACUGGGAACCUGAAGAAGGCCGUGCUGCUCCAGGGCUCCAACGACGUGGAGAUCAGAGCUGAGGGCAACAGCCGCUUUACCUACACCGUUAUGGAGGACGGCUGCACGAAACAUAAAGGAACCUGGGGAAAGACAGUGAUUGAGUACAGAUCACAGAAGACCAGCCGGCUGCCCAUCGUGGACAUCGCUCCUGUGGAUAUUGGAGGAGCGGACCAAGAGUUUGGUGUUGACGUCGGCGCAGUUUGCUUCUUGUAAAGAAAGAGGGAUGAAAAGAAGGAGAAGUAGAGGGGGAAAACACAUGACAUAUGAGAGAGAGGAACACACGCUUCUAUCAAAAAAAGGAAGAAUGAAAGAAAGAAUAGAGAAAGAUCGAGACACUUUUAUAUAAUUUUUUUGUUUAAGUAGAAAGUGCUUUUUCCAACUAAGUCCUGCACUGAAUGGCACCGGCAAUAUUCAUCUGGGAUUUCGUGGCCUUCCAGUCUCCCUCCAUCAGACCCCCCUCCCAUGGUGCCCCAGCCCUCCCUCCACCCCCCACCCUGGGAGCACCACCCCACUAACAAGACGGAUCGAGGAGAAGAGGAGAAAAGGAGAAGAGGAGAAAGAGGCAGCGUGCCAGACAAUGAGUUGGUGUUAUUUAUUUAUUGUUCAGGUGUGGGUCCCAGGUGUGCUAGGACUGAGUGUGUGUAGCCUGUAAAAAGGCCCCACCCACAACAACAUACAUAUUCUAUCAGUUCCCCCUUUUCAUGUUCCUCUUCUAUUCCUCCACACCCUAAAUAUGAUAUCAAUUCCAAACCAAAAAGUCUGUCAGUGUGAUAAGUGCAGGUGUUCCUACUUCCUACCGCCGCCUCAGUGUGCAUCAGGAAGUUACUGUGUAUUAGAAUAAAGUCAAAUGGUGCUAUUGUUGUAAAACAAGUCUGUAUUCCUUAACAACCAGAUACUAAUGUAUUAGUGACAUGUUUAUAAUGUGUUUACAUGUAUGUAUAUGUGUGUAUACAUAUAUAUAUAUAUACAUUUUUCAGAGAGUACAUUUCACGCUGAGAUCAUUUUUCAGAGUGGUAAAUGUUGCUGCCCUCCCCCCUCCAACCCAACCCUGACCCUUCUCCAUGGUAACCCAAUGACACAAAAACCAUGUCCAUAAUAUAUUUUGUAAAGAGACAUGUUCAAUUCGGAAUCAAUCCGAGCUCUAAAUUUUUUAAAUAUCUUUUUUUUUUUUUUUAUUAUUAUAUUUUAAGCUACCUCACACACACACACACAAAGAAAGAAACAACAGAGCAAAGUUGAAUCCUGUAUCCAAGUUUACAAAUCCAGCUUUGGUAAUCUUCUCUUUGGUGCAUUAGACCCCAUGUUGUGAGAAGCCCACCAGAAGUUGACUUUGACCGUUGUCCUAUCCCACUCCACUUCCUCCCAUAAACCCCCUGCUGUCCCCUCACACAGGAAGUACCUUCUGCCUUGGUAGGAAGUACCUCGGCCCUGGCCAUGCCCCUCUCGGACCAGGAACGGGAUAUGGCGUUUUGACUUGAUAUCACGACUGGACAAUCCAGCCCUCAUUUACACACAGAGGGAAAGCACCACGACCAGGGCAGAGGGUGUGCAUUCGUUUGUGAGGGGGUAGUAAAUAUAUUUUUUAUAUUAAUAAUAAUAAUAGUAAUAUUGUUAAUAAUGACAUCAUUACUAUUAUUAUUACUAUUAUUAAAUAUGAUGAUCAUGAUUUUGUUUUUGUUACGGUUUUGAUUAAUGUAAAUUGGAAAUAAAAGAAGAAAAAAACUAUUAACAGGCUGAAGUCACUUUUUAUUGUAUUGAUUUUUGUUGUUGUUGUUGUUGUUGUUUUGGGGGGUUGCUAUUCAUCCCCCAUAAUGCUCCAGAGAAGAGUGUGUGUGGGGUUGGGUGCUGUGGUGGUGUGGGUGUUUUUUGGGUUGUUAUUCAUCCCCCAUAAUGCUCCAGAGAAGAGUGUGUAGCGUUAAAACUUAUCUGGGGAGAUUAUUUGUUUCUGAAACCUGGAAGUAUGAUUGAACGUUGUUGUUGUUGUUGACGGUAUUAUAUUCCCAGAGAUAGAAGCCGUACCAAAUCUAGAUUCUGUGUCCUGUAUGGGUCUUUCCGUUGGUCUUCUGGUGUUUGGGCUCAAUGCAUAUCGAGGGGUGGAAUGUAGUCAGAACACACAAGGAGAGACCAUGGAUCACAAGUGGGUGGCACCCCAUUUUAUUUGUUGUUUUCUUCAUCGGAGAGAGUAUGCAACAUUUUGUGAGGAGGUGCGAAGUUCAUAUCAUGUACUAUUUUGUAAAAUGUAAAAACCUUUUUUCAAUAUUUUCAGAUUGUUUUUUAAGCAUGCUAGAUAAGAGAAACAUUUCCAACCGCUAUCAUCAGUAACUGUAUGAACUGAUUGUCAUCCUGUCUUUACAUUUUUUCCCUUUUCUUUCCUGACCUUUCACCUUUCACCUUUCACCUUAGCAAUAAAAGGUAGAAGCAUUUCUCUAAACAACACAGAGCCACGUUUCUUUUAUUUUUUAUAUAUUUUUUAUUUUAUUUUCCCCCCCGUAAUUUGGUUUUAAAGUUAAUUUAUUAUUUGAUGUAUUGGUUCCCGAAUCUACGAUGUCGUCGUCUUUGUUAGAAUAAUUAUUGACAUUUAAAACAACAGGAGGAAAAACGAAAUCAGCAAGACGAAAAUACAUCACAAAUAAACCCCGUUGUAAAAAUGACACAGAAGGAGACAUGCUUGGUUCUUGUUGUCUGGGUUAUUGGCAU